CAGCCCGCCCUUCCCAUCCCAUUUGUCUCCCGGAUCCCGGAGCGCCGAACUCCACCCUCCGGUGUCCGUGUACCUGUCCAAACACCUGGUGUUUGGGCGUGCCUCAGUUUCCCAGUAGCGGGGCGUUCCGUCAGCCCCGCUCCUCCCCCUUUUUCCUUUUCCUCUUCCUCUUCGGGGCGUCGGUGGCGGCGCCCGGAGCUCCCGGAACUAAAAGCGGACCUCGGGCGGUGGGCCGGCGGGGGCCACGUCAGCGGGUGGCGGGGCUGCACGGGCACCAUGCGGCGGGGCGCGCUCCUGGCUAGCGCCCUGGCCGUCUACGCCGGGUACCUGGCGCUGGGCGCGCUGCUCGUGGCGCAGCUGGAGCGGCCUCACGAAGCCCGGCUGCGGGCAGAGCUGGGGACGCUGCGGGAGCAGCUGCUGCAGCAUAGCCCGUGCGUGGCGGCUCACGCUCUAGACGCCUUCGUGGAGCGGGUGCUGGCGGCCGGACGACUGGGGCGCGCAGCGCUGGCCAACGCCUCGGGACCCGCGAACGCUUCGGACCCCGCUUGGGACUUCGCCUCAGCGCUCUUCUUCGCCAGCACGCUAGUCACCACCGUGGGCUAUGGCUACACGACCCCACUGACAGAUGCAGGCAAAGCCUUCUCCAUCGUCUUUGCGCUCCUGGGCGUGCCUGUCACCAUGCUACUUCUGACUGCCUCAGCCCAGCGCCUGUCACUGCUGCUCACCCAUGCACCCCUGUCCUGGCUGAGCCUGCGCUGGGGCUGGCACCCUCAGCGGGCAGCCCGCUGGCACCUGGUGGCCCUGCUGAUGGUCAUAGUGGCUGUAUUCUUCCUGGUACCGGCUGCAGUCUUCGCCUACCUCGAGGAGGCCUGGAGCUUUCUGGAUGCUUUCUAUUUCUGCUUCAUCUCUCUGUCUACCAUUGGCCUAGGUGACUAUGUGCCUGGGGAAGCCCCAGGCCAGCCUUACCGGGCCCUCUACAAGGUGCUUGUCACAGUGUACCUCUUCCUUGGCCUUGUUGCCAUGGUGCUGGUGUUGCAGACUUUCCGCCGAGUUUCCGACCUCCAUGGCCUCACUGAACUCCUCUUGCUGCCCGAUCCGGACCCUGCCAGCCUCAGCCAGGAUGAAGAUGAUCAGGUGGACGUUCUGGAUGCCCGGACCGAUCUGCAUCAGCACCUCUCUGCUGCCUCCUAUGCUAACUAUGCCUCCAUCCCCAGGUAGCUGUCGACCUGGACACACCUGGCCUGGGCUUUGGGCCCCAUGUGACUAGGUCAACUGGAAUGCCUAUGUACACUCUCCUGUCUUUUCACAGAGCUCCACUGGGAGAUGAGGAAUAGUCUCUCUGCUCCCAUGUUCUCCACUCCUCUCAGGGCACUGACAUAGUCAUUUUUUCUUCCUUUCUUUUUUCCCAUUUCUUCUCAGACUCUGACCACUUGGGCUUUCUGACUUUGUUGGUGAGAGUGGUGGUUUAUAUACUUUCCUGUUUUGUUUUGUUCUUGUUGUUUUUCUGUGUCUCACUCUCUUUCAUCAUAGUUCAUCUGGCACACCCACUUCUGGGCUCUAGGCCUGGACUCCACUUCAGCCACUGUCUAAGUGGCUUUGUCUUGAUUCUGAAAUGUUUUCCCCAUUCUGAACCUUGAUAUCCUCAGCCAUCAGAAUCAAAGAAUAUUCAAACUCAUCCACAGACCUUCACUUCUGCCCUUCUGCUUUUCUGUGCUAGGUACACAGUAAUGGUAGAUGUGGCUUGGGCUCUGCAGCCAGUGAGGUAAACUGACUGACUUGUCCCUUGACGGUGACAAACUCCAGUGGGCACUGGAAGAGGCAGAGUAGUCAGGACUGAGGAGUGGACCCGAAAUGUCCAGGUGGGCCUUUCUGGAAAAUGAGUCAAGAGCUAACCCAAGACCUGCCAGUCAAAAGAAGAAAUUGUCCCUUCUUCUCAGGUGUCUAUGGGCCAUAGCACCUGUGGGAAGAGGCCUGCAAUGGGCCAACAUCUCCCUCAGUGACCUAACAGGCAAGGAACUGACCCAGGAUAUGAGCCCAGAUCCAAGCGGCAUGAAAGGGGCAACUUAGCAUAGUCCCAUGGUGAUGCUGUGUCUGUGUACUGGGGCACUAGCUGGUGGCCUUCCUGGGUGUGCCCUGUGACUGCCAUGUUUUUUGCCUAUGCAUUUGGACGGUCACUCUACCUUAGGGAUUCUGUCUGCUAAAUGGUGAUGGUAAUACUACUCCAAAAGAUGACUUUACAGAUGUGUGCCUGUAAUCUGAGCUGAGGCAGGAGACUUGAGAGUUCACAGGCAAAGUGAGACACACAGCAGGAGCCAGGGGAUAGAAUAAUUUAAGCACUAUAAUAAUAAUAAUAAUAAUAAUAAUAAUAAUAAUAAUAAUAAUAAUAAUAAAUAGUAUAAUAAAAGGAAUAUAGUACCAGGCUACAGGGACAUGAGAGUAGGCUAUAGAAGGACAACAGUUCCUCGGGGCUGGAACUGUUUUAUACAAUUAUAUCACUUAAGGAUUUUGAUUGCAACUACCAAAACCCUGACUGAAAUAACCUAAUUGCUAAAUGGUAAUUGGACAGAGCAUUGCUGUGGAGAACCCUGAGUUGGCGCUCUGCAUGGCUUUGGAAAGUGUGGUGGCCUUGGGUUCAGUUUCUCUUCUCUCCACAGAAGACUUAGCUCUCAUAUGUGCUCUCCUGGUGUCUAAAUGGCUGCCAUAGACCCAGGCAGCGAAACCAGACAUGUUAUUUCUAGUGCAAGCAAUAGAAACUUCAACCAGCAUACUGGGAAAUUUUUUUUUAUUUUUUUUUAAUUUUUUUUUAUUUUAUGUGUAUGAAUACACUGUAGCUGUAUAGAUGACCAUGAGCCAUCUUGAGGCUGCUAGGAAUUGAAUUCAGGACGGCCCCGUUUGCUCCGCCUUGCUCGCUCCGGCUUAAUUCACUGUACUUGUCUUCAGACGCACCAGAAGAGGGCGCCCGAUCUCAUUACGAAUGGUUGUGAGCCACCAUGUGGUUGCUGGGAUUUGAACUCAGGACCUUCGGAAGAGCAGUCAGUGCUCUUACCCACUGAGCCAUCUCGCCAGCCCCAUACUGAGAAUUUUAAGGAAGGCUGGCUCAGUACCACUCUAGACAGUCACACAGGGGAACUGGGUGUGUUGGCACACCCACCCAUCCUAGCAUUGUGGGUGCUGAGGCUGGAGAGUCCCGAAGGUAGGCUAGCCUGGGCUACAGAUAAUGACACCACAAAACUCCAAAGGGAGCUAGGGAUGUUCACAGUGGAGCAUGUCUACCUCGGGUGCUAAAGAAAACAAUUUACAAUCAUAGGUGCUGGGAAGGUGGCUUAGCUACGCAGGCUCAGAGACCUGAGUUUCUCCCCAGCCCCUACAUAAAAAAUGCUAGAUGUCAUGGUGCAGCCCUGGAAUCCCAGUGCAGGGAGGGUGGGGGGAGAGUCUGUGGAUGGAGGGUGGAGCUGGAGUCUCCAGAGCAAAUGAGUGGGCUCCAGGUUCCUUGAAAGCCCAGUCUUCAAGAAAGUUAAAGGUGGCAUACACCUUUAAUUCCGCAUCUGGAGGCAGAAACUGGUAGAACUUCUGUGAGUUCAAGGCCAGCCUCGUCUACAUAGUGAGUUUGAGGACUGUUAGGGCUACAUAGUGAGACCCUGCCUCCACAAAAUAACUAACAACUAAAAAUAGCGUGGCAA